AUGGCCGGAAGUGAAGGGCUGUUCUACUACCACCCGGAAAUAGAAGAGGAAGGGAUCAUGGAAGAUCAGGAAGAAGAAGUGGAGUUCCGCUCUGCCUUCUGCUGUCUGAGCUGGUCCGCUUCUCGCUCUCGCCGCUGCAGCGUUGUGGAGAGAUCCCUUCUCCACCACGGCGAAAACGGUUUGCCCGUGACGAAGUUCCGGCCGUUGAAAGACGAGAAGCAGAGGAUGUUGGGAGCAGCGGCCCGUCGCCGGUGGAGGAGCUUCGUCAGGCAGUUGGAUGCCUGCAGGGUCUGGGAAGCCUGUAAACUUGGCAAGGGCGCGCAGUUUAGAUACGAUCCCCGGAGCCAUGCCCUCAAUUUCGAAGACGACUCCGAGCGAGACCUCGACGACACUUUCGCCGGCUUCGCCGACCGGUUCGCCCCUCCGGCCUCCAUGAGGGGCAAUACCAUGGUUGCCAUUAAUUGA